CACAACAUCAUUUCCUUUUCACUGAGUCGAGUGUUUGGUGUGGUCGCGGCGCACUUUAUCACAGCAGUAAGAACACUAAGGUCUCCAGUCUGCUAUGGAUGAGGAGAGAGAGGAGGGGGGUCCUACCUCUAAAACCACUCUGUCUGGGGAACAUGGCCGCCAGAGCAAAGCUAAGAGCUCAGAGCAGCAGGAGAGAGCAGACUCCCCUGGACCCAGCUGUGUCUCCAUGAAGAGUGACCACUCUAUGGAUCCACCUGCUAAUUUCAAAGAUGGAAAUCAGUCUAUUGAGAAGAAAAUAGUCCAGCAGAAUAGAGCAGACUCCCCGGGACCCAGCUGUGUCUCCAUGAAGAGUGACCAGUCUAUGGAUCCACCUGCUAAAUUCAAAGAUGAAAAUCGGUCUAUUGAGAAGAGACAAGUCCAGCAGGAGAGAGCAGACUCCCCUGGACCCAGCUGUGUCUCCAUGAAGAGUGACCACUCUAUGGAUCCACCUGCUAAGUUCAAAGAUGGAAAUCGGUCUUUUGGGAAAAGAAAACACCAGGAGAGAUCAAAGGUUACCAGUGCUCAGUCUGUACAGCAGCAUCAAACAGAGCUGAUCAAGUCUGCUAUGGAUGAGGAGGGAGAGGAGGGGGGUCCAGCCUCUAAAACCACUCUGUCUGGGGAACAUGGCCGCCAGAGCAAAGCUAAGAGCCCAGAGCAGCAGGGGAGACCAGAGUCCCCUGGACCCAGCUGUGUCUCCCUGAAGAGUGACCACUCUAUGGAACAACCUGUUAACUUUAAAGAUGGAAAUCAGUCUAUUGAGAAGAGCCCAGAGCGGCAGGAGAGAGCGGUGUCUCCUGGACCCAGCUUUGUCUCCCUGAAGAGUGACCACUCUAUGGAUCCACCUGUCACAUUUAAAGAUGGAAAUCAAUCUAUUGAGAAGAGGAGACUCCAGCAGGAGAGAGCAGAGUCCCCUGGACCCAGCUGCGUCUCUAUGAAGAGUGACCACUCUGUGGAUAGACCUCCUGAAUUUAAAGAUGGACGCCCCUCCAGAAAGAAGAGAAAACACCAGGAGAAGUCGAAGGUUACCAGUGCUCAAUCUGUACAGCAGCAUCAAACAGAGCUGAUCAAGAGGGCUGAGGAGAAUGCACACGCUUUUCUAGAGAAAGAGCUGAAGAAGCUCUGGAGGGUUCUCUACCCAGAUUACCCACAAUGCUCAGAGAGUCAGAGGGAGGAGGAGGAGGAGGUGGAUGGUAAGAAAGAGGAGCAGAGGAGGCGGGCCAUAGAGGGAGUGGUAGACAUCACAACGCUCUGCCUGAUGGAGAUGAACCAGGAGGAACUGGCCGACACACUGUGGGAUGGAGCUGUUGCUGUUGGGUGCCAACAUAAAAUCAAGUCUCAUCUGAGGGAGAAGUUCAGGAAUGAGUUUGAGGGAAUCGCUAAAGCAGGACAGCCAACAGGUCUGAAUGACUUCUACACAGAUCUCCUCAUCACAGCGAGAGGCAGUGGAGAGGUCAACCAGGAACAUGAGGUCAGACAGAUUGAAACAGCUUCCAGGAAACCAGCCAAGGUGGAAACACCGAUCAAAUGUGAAGACAUCUUUAAACCCUUACCUGUACAAGAUCGACCGAUCAGAACAAUAAUGACAACGGGAGUGGCCGGCAUUGGAAAAACUGUCUUAACACACAAGUUCACUCUGGACUGGGCGGAAGGCAAAGCCAACCACGACAUACACUUCACAUUUCUCUUGACUUUCAGAGAGCUGAAUUUACUGAAAGGGAAAGAGUUUAGCUUGGUGGAACUUCUUCAUCACUUCUUUAUUGAAACCAGAGAAGCAGCUUUCUGCAGAUACGACCGGUUCCAAGUUGUCUUCAUCUUGGAUGGUCUGGACGAGUGCCGACUGCCUCUGGACUUCAAGAACAACCAGACCUUGACUGAUGUCACCGAGUCCACCUCGGUGGACGUGCUUCUGACAAACCUCAUCAGGGGCAACCUGCUUCCCUCCGCUCGCAUCUGGAUAACCACACGCCCUGUGGCAGCCCAUCAGAUCCCUGCUGAGUGUGUUGACAUGGUGACAGAGGUGAGAGGCUUCAAUGACUCACAGAAGGAGGAGUACUUUCGGAGGAAAUUCACAGAUGAGAAACUGGCCAGCACAAUCAUCACCCACGUCAAGAAAUCACGAAGCCUCCACAUCAUGUGUCACAUCCCAGUCUUCUGUUGGAUCACUACAACAGUUCUUGAAGACCUCUUCCAACCAUUCCAGAGAGGAAAAGAGAUGCCCAAGACCGUGACCCAGAUGUACAUCCACUUCCUGAGGGUUCAGUCCAUACUGGGAGACAUGAAGUACCAUGGGAGAGCUAAAACAGAUCUAGACUGGAGUUCAGAGAGCAGGGAGAUCAUUGUUUCUCUUGGAAAACUGGCUUUUAACCAGCUGGAGAAAGGCAACCUGAUCUUCUACGAGGCAGACCUGGCAGAGUGUGGCAUCGAUAUCAGAGCAGCCUCAGUGUACUCAGGUGUGUUCACCCAGAUCUUUAAAGAGGAGUGUGGGCUGUACCAUGACAAGGUGUUCUGCUUUGUCCAUCUGAGCAUCCAGGAGUUUCUAGCUGCACUUUAUGUCCUUCAGUCCUUCAUCAACACUGGUGUCAAUCUAUUCUCAGAAGUACCAGCUACCUCCGGCAAAGAUGAACUCUUCCUCUACCAGAGUGCUGUAGACAAGGCCUUACAGUGUAAGAACGGACACCUGGACUUGUUCCUCCGCUUCCUCCUGGGCCUCUCUCUGGAGACCAAUCAGAAACUCCUACGAGGUCUGCUGGGAAAGACAGGAAGUAGAUCACUGACAACUCAGUGCAAACAAGGUCUGCUUUGGCUGACAGGAAGAAAGACCAAUCAGAGAACUGUCUGUUACAUCAAGGAGAAAAUAAAUGGAGAUCUCCCUCCAGGGAGAAGCAUCAAUCUGCUCCACUGUCUGAAUGAGAUGAACGAUUGUUCUCUAGUGGAGGAGAUCCAACAGUACCUGACAUCAGGAAGCAUCUCAACAGAAUCUCUCUCCCCUGGUCAGUGGUCUGCUCUGGUCUUCAUCUUACUGUCAUCAGAAGAGGAGCUGGAUGUGUUUGACCUGAAGAAAUACUCUGCUUCAGAGGAAGGUCUUCUGAGGCUGGUGCCAGUGUUCAAAUCCUCCAAAACAUCUAUGCUGAAUGGCUGUCAUCUGUCGGAGAGAUGCUGUGAGGUUAUUUCCUCAGUUCUCAGCUCCAACUCCUCUAGUCUGAGAGAGCUGGACCUGAGCUUCAAUGAUCUGCAGGAUUCAGGAGUGAAGCUGCUUUCUGCUGGACUGGGGAGUCCACACUGUACACUGGAAACUCUCAGGCUGAAUGGCUGUCAUCUGUCAGAGAGAUGCUGUGAAGCUCUGGCCUCAGUUCUCAGCUCCAACUCCUCUAGUCUGAAAGAACUGGAACUGAGUACCAAUGAUCUGCAGGAUUCAGGAGUGAAGCUGCUCUCUGCUGGACUGGGGAGUCCACACUGUACACUUGAAACUCUCAGGUCAGUUUUACUCAGUUACACAGUUACACCACAAGCUCAACAUCAGAGGACAUUGAACAGAUUUAACUCCAGAAAAGUAAUUGUGUGUGUGUGUGUGCGUGUGCGUGUGCGUGUGUGUGUGUGUGUGUGUGUGUGUGUGUGUGUGUGUGUGUGUAGCUUGUCUGGCUGCCUGGUCACACAGGAAGGCUGUGCUUCUCUGGCCUCAGCUCUGAGCUCCAACCCUUCCCAUCUGAGAGAGCUGGACCUAAGCUACAAUCACCCAGGAGACUCAGGAGCUGCGCUGCUCUCUGCUGGAGUGGAGGAUCCACUCUGGAGACUGGACACUCUCAGUGUGGAGCACGGUGGAGUGUGUAGGCUGCAACCAGCUCUAAAGAAGUAUGCCUGUGAACUCACACUGGACCCAAACACAGCCCACAGACAACUCUCUCUGUCUGAGGACAACAGAAAGGUGACAGCGGUUGGACGUCCAGAUCGCCCAGAGGGAUCUCACUCCCGUCCCCAGGUGUUGUGUAGAGAGUUUCUGACCGGCCGAUGUUACUGGGAGGUUGAGUGGGAAGGACGUGUUGCUAUAGGAGUGGCACGCAGAGGAAUCACAUCGAGAGGAGGGGCUGACAGCCGCCUUGGAAGGAACAACAGGUCCUGGAGUCUUCAUUGUAAUGAUGGUCUUUGUUACACUGCCUGGUACAACGGUAGUAGAACAGUCAUACGUCUCCUCUCGGUUGGCUCUAACAGAGUAGGAGUGUAUCUGGACCGGCCUGCUGGCACUCUGACAUUCUACAGAGUGUCCCCAGGUGGAGGAGGGUCCUCAGACACACUGACACACAUCCACACCUUCCAGUCCACCUUCACCCAGGAGGACCUCCUCCCUGGGUUUGAGUUCCCUUCGUUCUCUCGAUCGUUUGGUCAGUCAGUGUCUCUGUGUAACUUAAAGUCUCUCUCUCUAUCAUCUCCCGGUCUGAGGACACAUAGGAAUAUCGAAUACACACAGUACCACAUGUAUAUAUGAAUACAAACGCACGCGCACACACAUAUUAACACAUUCGGUGCACACACAUACACACACACACACACACACAUGCAUAUAUAAACAUUCAAAUAUGCACACACAAACACAUGCAAACGCGUGCACACAUGAAUGCCUACAUAAACACACGGGCGCGCACACAUGUAUGCAUGCAUAAACGCAUGCGCGCACGCACACAUACUGCAAGCAUACUGCACACAUGCAUAAACACACAAAUACACGCACGCACACACACACACACACACACAGAUAUUGACACACACAUGCAUAUACAAACUCAACUGUAAUCCAGUUGAGUACAUUUUCUACAUUUUCUUGGGCUUCUGAAAAAUACUUUUAAGAUCCUCCAUAAGGUUAACGAAGCAGGUUUUACAGACACUAUAUUUCUAAUGUCAAAUGUAUUUUAAUUAUUGAUUGAUGAUAAAUCUAAACAUGUUUAUACUGUCGUGGAUUAAUCGAGAUUUAAAACACUUAGGCUAAUUCAAGAGAGAGAGAGUAAAAUAAAACGAGGGGUCCGGAGCAAGAAUUGACAAAAGACUUUAUCGUGCAGAAAAACAACAACGAUAACAGCCGAGUAGGGUCUUAAGAGUCACUCUCGUUCACAAACUGUGGCGUCUUUUUAUACACACAAACAGAGCAGCUUCUCCUUGAGGUGUCUGCCUCCAGUCAGUCAUAAAUCCACUUUAACCUGAAUGGUCAGAAAAUAGACAACAAAUGGUCUGCAAAGAUAGCCCUGCUCCUUUUAGGGGGGGCUCCAUCUGUUCUAAACCCAGACACCUAGGCACCGUGUGUUUUCCACUAUUAGGUAUAAAAUACCUCAUAAUAAUCAGUUUACCAUAGAAUAUAAUCAUUAAUUUCUACCACACAUCCCCCCUUGUUGGGGCCAAUAAGGUUCCAACAAAUUACUUGAAUUAUUGCUAAGCCUAUAUGCUACUAAGCCCUUGCCAAAUUGACACCACAUCUGGUCAUCGGUAAAAACCUCAGAGCUUUGACAGGGAUUUCAACCUGUUUUUAGGCCAAAAAGAUUUACCAAAUGCAGUGUAUUAUUAACACUCUAAUCCCUACAAGUUGUUUCAUAUGUAAUCAUAAAACCUUUCUAAUCAUAAUAACACAAUAUUCUAUAUUCAUCAUGCAACUAUAUCAAAUGUGUAUCUAGAAUACCUACAUAAUAAUCAUAAACAGCAUAAUAAUCAAUAAUCAUUCAGCAUGCAUUGAAAAUUGGCAUUUCAAAAAUAUGUGACACCAUAUUAUACAUUAAAAAUUGACAUAACAUACAUUCAAUAAUGUGAAACAUAAUACAAAUUAAAAACUAAGAUUGUCAACAAGCUUGCAUGGAUUUGAAUAGCUCUGAUUAUCGUCAUAUACCGGUAUACUAUAUAACGUGGGGGGUUUGGGCAUCGUGGUUGUUGCUUCUGUUUGCAGCCACCAGCCCUGAAACCCAUUAGUCCAAUGUCCAUUUGUUCACACUGUCUGAAAUGGUUGUGGUUCACAUGAGGGGUCUGAUUCUCACAUUCCGGUCUCCUCUCUAGUUUCACUCCAAUCUAUCUCCCCAUAGAGCAUCCUCUCCCAGUCACCCGACUCCUCUAUGCCAGACACCAUUUCAUUGAAUUAAAUUGGAUAUGUAAUUCACACUGAUCUUUCCUAUGCACAUGUUCAUGAUUCUGGCGGAAGGUUAAUGCACAUAACGGUUGGUUAUCCGACAUAACAGUAAACACAAAUUCACUAACUUGGUCUCGCGGUGGUAUCUGAGCAUAUAAGACUAUUUUCCCUUUCUUGUUGACUAUUCCUGAAUGAUUUUGGGCCGGAUUAUCCUGUGUUCCUCUCUGGCUUUCUUCAGUAGGCCUACCACCCCCUAAUUCCUGGCCCUUCCAGGUUUGUGUUGUCCCCGUGGUUUCAUCCUUCCUCGGGGUCUGUGCUUGUGCCAGCGAAAUCUGGCACAACCCGUAAAGGAUCAGAAACAGGCUCCCCGUUUUCAGCAUCAUCAUGCUGCUGUAUCUCUUGGCUCGACUGGAUCUGGUCCUGGGGCAGCUAGUCAGCCCCACGUGUGUCUGCGUCUGGCUCCUCCUUCUCACGGUCGUCUCUGGCUUUGGGUUGAGCAGCUUUUGUGCAGUGGUUGAGAUGAUACCACGUGGCACUUCCUUCCACUUGGAUGGCUGUUGGUGUUGCGCUGGUGACUUUGUAUGGUCCUUCUCUCCUGGGCUAGUUCCACUUUCUCCUGAACAUCCUGAGAUACACUUGGUCACCUGGCUCCACCCCCCUUGGUGGCUCCUUCUCCAACUCUGGAACUCUGUCUUUCUCUUGUUGAAAAAUAAGCCUGUGUAUGCCAGUUAGUUGUCCCAAAUAGCGUCUUAAUUCAGUUUCCAAUUGUUCUAAUGGAGGUCCUUUAUGAGGCCCUCGAAUGACAGGUGAAGGCAUGGGUCGACCCGUAAACAUUUCAUGCGGGGUUAGAUGCGUCGUUCUGUUAGUUUUCAUGCGAUAACUCAUUAGUGUCAGUCGUAGUGCAUUAGUCUUUUAAUUUAGUACUCUAAUUUAAUUUUGUUAAUCUUUGUCUUAAGCGUCCGAUUCCUCUCUCCACCAUACCUUGUGGUUUGAGGAAUGUAGACACAGCCUAAUCUUUGUUUGACAUGCAGAUGUUAAAUCACUUGUUUGAGUGUUUUCUGAAUAAACGCAGCUCUAUUGCCUGAGCUAAUUUGUGACGGAAUUCCAAACCUUGGCAUGACUUCUCUAGUCAGAACCUUGAUUACCGUAGCCGCACUUUGGUCUUCUGAUGGGACUGCUUCUACCCAUCUGUUGAACACUGUUUUUUCAAAUAUUUCACACUUAUUUAGCUGGAUGUUAAUCAUUAUUUGCAAGUAUGGUGAAGAAAAACCUUGUUUUCAAAUUUUUUAAUUCUCCUCAAUACCUCCCCCCUUGCGCAAUGGUCAAAACCAUACGCAUUAAAUGAUAAACAAAUCUAAUAACGCCGUUGGUGCACCCAACGUCGAAAGUCUAACCUUAAGCAUCAGUAAACUGAAACCAAUCUUUUGGGAAGGGAAAUCAAAACCAGUAUGUCCAAAUCCUAAACCCAAUAUGGGUGGGUUUACCAUCAGCCACCCGAAACCACGCUGUUCCGAAGUCAUGCACUAAACCGAAAAAACAUACAUGCAUUAGUGGCCUUCUAUGCCACAAAGGUAAAAUAAAAUGAAAUAAAACGCGACAUGCCCCGUUUCAAGACGACCUCUGCUGCCAGAGCUGACAUAUCUGACUCCUGUUCCCCCUCCACCUUUCAUCAGCCGGCUUUUCCUAUGAUGGUUGCAGUCCGUCACUCCAUGAUCAGGUGAGCCAGUGCUCACAGUGACUCUGCCAAGUAAUCGUGACUGUGCCUGAAUUAGGUUGUCCCGGGCUUCAAGGUGGGAUCUUACCCGUCGUUGGCUAACCAGCCUUCCAUACUGGCUUAUUGCAGGAUGCCGUACCUGGGAUACGAUCAAUCCCCACCUAUAUGGUGGUAUAGAUCGCAAAGUGGAGGGAUGGAGACAGAGUCUUCAGCCGCAUCUGCCUUAUGCAGCCAUAUGUGUGCGUCAUGAAUGCACAUCAGGGCGACUAUAAAACAAAAUAUAAUUUAUCAGUUAAAAUUAUUAAAGUGUUGCAGCAGUAUUAGUGGCAUUUGAAGGUAAACCCACUACUUCCGAAUCCAAUUUGACAACAUAGCAUGUAUGUCUCCUUCCCAGCAGAUGUAGCGUCAAUCCACCUAUUGUCCUUAACUAGGGAGAUGUGAAAGAAAACAAAAAUCACAAUAUUAAAACUUGCAUCUUCAAUAUUGGGCGACUCACUUUUGUUUUAACCGUUACUCAAAAUCACAAUUCUCUUCAUAAUCCUACCCGAUUGCCCUUCACUAUCUAUUCAAAUUGGACGACCUAAUUAAACCUUUUAUUCUACCUAUUGCUUGCAUUUAGUGUUUUCCAUAUUUUGAUUCACUACUAUACCAAACCCAAAUCCUCUAUGUUGAUCUUAACUAGUUUAUUCAACACUGAAUUGAUACAUUGUUUCUAUUUAGUAAUUAACCAUAUUGUUUUAUCUGAAGUAUGCUUGUGUAUCCCCUUGUGUACUCCAUCACUCGGAGUAGGAGAGGAUUCUCCCCUACCUCGGCAGCCCUGACACACACAUGAGAACAGGCUCACACACACCCUUUGUUAUUUUAUUUUACUUAUUUAUUUUAAAUUACAUUUUUCAUUGUGGAUAACCUAAAUUUAGAAAUUUGGAUAACGUUUUAUCGUACUUAUUUGAUCUAAUUUUUAAGUAUUGCCGAUUGUUUUUUCUAAAUUAUAAGAUCACUUUUAAUAAAUUGUCUAUUACUUAUCAUAAUCUCGAAGGACAUAUUUUAUUUGUGUUGUUAUCUUGGCACCUAGACCUCGUCAGGUCCAAGCACCAAAAUAACAUCCACCUAUCCACGCAGAGUCCAUGGGUUGGGUCCGCUCCUCGUUUGAUGAGUCACUUUACCCUGGCGCCAUUGAACCCAUUGACUCCUGUGGAGUGUGGUGUGCAGACAAUUUUUAACGCUAAUUGCUCAUGUUUGAGUCUAAAUAAUUAUUCCUAAUGUAACUUACUCAGGGACACAUCAACACUCAGCUAGGAGGAGAUGGGGAUCGAACUAGCAACCAUUCGGUUACAAGACACCCUCUACUUCCUGAGCUAAACCGACCCCCAGCCUCCUCUCCGCUGAUUUAUUACCUCUGCGUCGGUCCGCAUCCGCCCUUUUUGCUGUCAAUAUAUUCCUCUCCCUUCUCCAAACACCUUCUCCCUCUGAUCCAACCUGUUGUCUCACCAGUGCUCUGUGUACCAAGAUGUAAUGAUCUAUACCACAUGGUGUUCCGACGUGAUGCAAAGUCUCCAAGAGCCACAGAAUCACCAAUCCCAGUGGUGGUUCUAUGUUUUCUCUACAACAGUGGACAAGGGUUACAUUCAGGAACCAAUUACAGAGUACAUCCAAACGCACAAAUAAUCUAUUAAACACAAUGCAAAUUCAGUCUCUUUCUCUCUGUUGUCUCUCUGUCCAGCCACCACCGGCGGGUUUUCCUUUCUUACGUUCCUUCUCUCUAACUUUCUUCACCUCUCUUUACCCACUUCCUUUGCUUUCACAAAUCUCCAUAACCAUUUUCACUUUCAGUAAUCCUUUCCUUUCCGGUUUGUUCGUUUUUGGACACACUCCAAAACUAGAUUAUUAAUCUUAAAAGGCCAUCAAAAGAUAUCAUUCUCCCCAAAGAAAAUUCUAACCGGAAAGCCUUCUCCAAUCUCAUCGCCACUUCUCGUUGCCAAUCCACACACUCUUCCUCUUCUCUGUCUCACUCUUCACAAAUCACUUCUUCUGACCCCUCUAACUCAA